UCUCACAACUAUGUGACUCUGUCUCUUCUUCUUCAUUUCGGUUCCACCAUAAAUUAACCAAACUCAUUCUCACCAUCGAUCUCUUCCCUUUUAUGAACUACAGCGACCAUCGUUUCUUAGUUUGUGUGUUUAUUUCUCACUUGUUGACAAAUGGGGAACGGAGUCACCACUCUGAGCCCCUGUUGUACCGGAACCGUCGCCGGAGAAAUCUCCCGACGAUACGACGUAUCACUCGUCCACGACGGACUUGGCCACUCCUUCUGCUACAUACGACCGGAUGUCGCCGGAGUAGCAGUGUCACCUUCUUCUAAACCGGAGAUUCCUCUCCGAUCAGAACCUAUCCCUGAAACCACCACUUUCCGAUCGAUCUCCGGCGCAUCGGUCAGCGCGAAUCCGUCAACGGCUCUCUCCGGUUCGUCGUCGUCGGAUUCCGAUUGUAUGUACAGCUCCGCCUCCGCGUUCGAGAGCUCUGGUAAUUUCGCGUCUCUGCCUCUCCAGCCUGUGCCGCGCGGCUCCACGUGUCAGUCAGGUCCGAUCGUUAACGAGUCGGGUCACGAGUCAGCUCCGUUUGAGAGGCGGUUCUUGUCGGGUCCGAUCGAAAGCGGGUUGUAUUCGGGUCCUAUAGAGGCGAUGAUGAAGAAGAACAAGACAGAGAAGGAGAAAGAGAAACCAAAGAAGAAGAAGGUAAGAAGAAAACCAUCACCGGAAAAAAAGAAGAGCUUUCUGACAUUCAAAGCUUUGUUCACUAAUAUCAUCUCCUCCAACAAUAAACCUAGCUUGAAGAAGAGUGUGAUCGAGCCCAUCAACGGUUCCGAAUCACCAGACUCCGAUCAUCAUCAUCAUCAUCAACCUGAGAUUCUAAAACCUGAUCACAAGCCAGAAGAGGAGGAACAGAGCAUGGGCUCUGUUUUGGAUGUUCAAUGGGCUCAGGGGAAAGCAGGGGAAGAUCGUGUACACGUGGUCGUCUCUGAAGAAAACGGUUGGGUUUUUGUCGGAAUCUACGACGGAUUCAGCGGUCCCGAUGCGCCGGAUUAUCUCCUCAACAAUCUAUACACCGCCGUGCAAAAGGAGCUCAACGGGUUACUCUGCAACGACGAAAAGCUCAAAACUUUCGGAGAAAACGGCGACAAACGCGGGAACGUCCACGCGGUUGCUUCCAGCGCAAGAAAUCAAGAGAAGAGUGUGAAAUGGAGAUGUGAGUGGGAGAAUAAGUCAGACAACGAUACCAAAUCUGAUGACGACCAGAAAGGAUCAAAUUCGACGACAACAAACCAUGGAGAUGUCCUCAAAGCUCUUGUACAGGCUUUGAGGAAAACAGAGGAGGCGUAUCUUGAGCUAGCUGAUACGAUGGUUGAACAGAAUCCAGAACUUGCAUUGAUGGGAUCAUGCGUUCUCGUCACCUUGAUGAAAGGAGAAGAUGUUUACGUCAUGAAUGUUGGAGAUAGUCGAGCGGUUUUAGCGAGGAAACCUAACGUCGCGGUUGUGAGCAGGAGGCAAAAGGAGCUGGAGAGAAUCAAGGAAGUUAGAGAAAUGUUUAUGAAUGGUGCUUUAAUGCGUAAUACUUUGGUUCCUCUACAGCUUAACAAGGAACAUAGCACACGUAUUGAAGAGGAAGUGAGAAGAAUCAAGAAGGAACAUCCUGAAGAUGAUGGUGCAAUAGAAAAUGAUAGAGUUAAAGGUUAUCUUAAGGUCACUCGUGCAUUUGGAGCUGGAUUUCUCAAACAGCCUAAAUGGAACGAUGCACUUUUAGAGAUGUUCAGGAUCGACUUCAUCGGGACAUCACCAUAUAUCACAUGCUCUCCAUCUCUAUGUCAUCACAAGCUAACAUCACGUGACAAAUUCUUGAUCCUCUCUUCGGAUGGAUUGUAUGAAUAUUUCUCUAACCAAGAAGCCAUUUUCGAGGUUGAAUCUUUCAUCUCUGCUUUUCCUGAAGGCGAUCCAGCUCAACACUUGAUCCAGGAGGUCCUCCUACGUGCUGCCAACAAAUAUGGUAUGGAUUUUCAUGAACUGUUGGAAAUACCCCAAGGAGAUCGUCGGAGGUAUCAUGAUGAUAUCUCUGUGAUUGUUAUCUCACUUGAAGGAAGAAUAUGGAGAUCGUCGAUGUGAAUAUUGUGAUUGUUUUUUUCAUGAAUUUGAAUGUUUUGAAAAACUAAUUACAAUAACUCGGUUUGUUUUUUUUUCUUUCCGAUUUGAUUUUUCCGCACUAUAUUUUUUCAUAUGAUGUAUUUACUUUUACCUAAAUAGUUUAGUGAAAAAACAAACAUAAGUGGCCAUAUUAUGGGUUGCUCCUUGUAAAUCAAAUCUUUU